AUGGCCCGGCCGCCCUCCCCGCCGCCCCCCGUGCGCCACAGGGACAAGUGGAGCAAGAAAGUGGAUUUCCUCCUGUCCGUCGUGGGCUUCGCCGUGGACCUGGGCAACGUCUGGCGCUUCCCGUACAUCUGCUACCAGAACGGAGGUGGUAAGGGCGCCGCGAGCGCGAUUCCAGCCUUCUUUUUGAGCAAGGACAUUGUUUUUUUAUCCCUCAGAGCCCACAAACUUGCUCUUCUCCCCUUCGCUGUCCACACCAACCUGCCCUCCUCCCCAGGCAUCGGCUUCGCCAUCUGCAUCAUCGCCCUCUACGUCUCCUUCUACUACAACACCAUCAUCGCCUGGGCGCUCUACUACCUGUGCUCGUCGCUCUCGGGGACGCUGCCCUGGGCGAGCUGCGACAACCCCUGGAACACACCCCACUGCACCAACUACUUCGGUGGCAGCAACGUCACCUGGACCAACUCCUCCCGGCCGCCCGCCGAGGAGUUUUACACGAGGAAGGUCCUGGAGAUCCAGAAGUCCAGCGGCCUGUACGACGUGGGGGGGAUCCGCUGGCAGCUGCUCCUCUGCCUCUUCCUCAUCUUCACCAUCGUCUACUUCAGCCUGUGGAAAGGAGUGAAAACCUCGGGAAAGGUGGUUUGGGUGACGGCCACGCUGCCCUACGUCGUCCUCCUCGUCCUGCUGGUCCGCGGCGCCACCCUGCCCGGCGCCUGGAAGGGGGCCGUGUGGGUCGACGCCGCCGCUCAGAUCUUCUUCUCCUUGGGACCCGGCUUUGGUGUCCUCCUCGCUCUGGCCAGUUACAACCAUUUCCACAACAACUGCUACCGGGACGCGCUGGUCACCAGCGCUGUGAACUGCCUCACCAGCUUCCUCUCGGGCUUCGUCAUCUUCACCGUGCUCGGCUACAUGGCCGAGAUGAGGGACGUGGAGGUGGAGGACGUGGCCAGGGACAAAGGGCCCAGCCUGCUCUUCAUCACCUACCCGGAGGCAAUAGCCAACAUGGUGGGAUCCACCUUCUUCGCCAUCCUCUUCUUCCUCAUGGUGAUAACCCUGGGGCUGGACAGCACGGUCCGGGGCUCCCGGAGCACCCUCACCUACGGCGGCGCCUACGUGGUGAAGCUGCUGGAGGAGUUCGGAGCCGGCUGCUCCAUCCUGGCCGUGGUGCUGCUGGAAGCCAUCGCCGUGUCCUGGUUUUACGGGAUCCAGCGCUUCUCCAGCGACGUGAAGGCCAUGCUGGGCUUUGCCCCUGGCAUCUUCUGGAAGAUCUGCUGGGUCGCCAUCAGCCCGGCCUUUCUAGCCUUCAUCAUCGCCAGCUCCCUGCUGGAGCAGCCGCCCCUGGUGCUCUUCGACUACCAGUACCCGGCGUGGAGCACCUGGCUGGGCUCCCUGCUCGGAGCCUCCUCCUUCGUGUGCAUCCCCGUCUACAUGGUGUACAAGCUGGCGUGGACGCCCGGCUCCCUCAAGCAGUUCAAGGAGUCCUUUUUCGUGGAUCACACUGCAGCCCACAAACCGAGAGGCUCGGACCCUCGUCUCAUGCUAACGAUGACGAUCAAGAAGGCAGGUGAAAUGUUUACUUCAGUGAUCCAGGAGUAG